AGAGAAUGGAGUGAUGACAGAAGAUUUUGUCAUAUUCUGGUGAAGGCCACCUGCAAGUCUGCAACACCAACAUGUUCCUUCAUUUUGCAGAUUGAGAAUUCACUUCUUUAAUCCAUGCUUUGUACAUUCAAACUCAAACCUCUUUUAGUUUGACUAUGCAUUCUACCUCUGUUACUCCAUGGCAGAAUUGCCGCUACUGUCCAAUUCCCAGCGGGUUUACCUCUCCCCAUUCUCUUCUUAUCCCUAAGAAAACCAUCCGCCUCACUCUACGCUCAGCCGCCUCAGCCGCCACGCACAGCUGCAGUACGGAGCGCGUAAAGCAAAAUCAGCCAAGUAAUUCUGAAGACCCCGUUCGAGAAAACCCGGUGGCUUAUCAAGAUUACAGCUUUUCCGUCAAUGAGAAAGAUAUACAUCUGGAAGAGGACGAUAGAGAACCCGAGAGGGGAUUCACGAAUUCUUUGGUCGCUUUAGUAAAGGUGUGGUGGGCAGCCAUAAAAGCUGCAUUGGGGCAGAGGAUUAACGUGGAGGGUGUUAUUUCUUCUCUGGGAAUUUUCGCUAAAGACAAGUAUUUGGUGAUCCCGCAUAUUGCUGUGCCUGAUAUAAGGUACAUUGAUUGGGCUGAGCUCAGGCGAAGGGGCUUUGAAGGGGUCGUCUUUGAUAAGGACAACACCAUCACUGCUCCUUACUCGUUGCGCUUGUGGACGCCUCUGGGAUCGUCCAUAGAGCAGUGUAAAGCUCUGUUUGACAACAACAUUGCGGUUUUCAGUAACUCUGCAGGACUAUUAGAGUAUGAUGCCGAAUAUAGAAACGCAAAGAUCCUUGAGCGUGCUAUUGGAAUUAAAGUAAUCAGACAUAAGGUGAAGAAGCCUGCUGGAACAGCGGAAGAAAUUGAAAGGCAGUUUGGUUGUGAAUCCUCAAAACUUAUUAUGGUAGGUGAUCGGCCUUUCACAGACAUUGUUUAUGGAAACAAAAAUGGUUUCCUAACUAUUUUGACUGAGCCAUUGAGUCUUGCUGAGGAACCUUUCAUUGUAAAGCAGGUCAGGGUAAUUGAAAGGGCCAUUGUGUAUCGGUGGUCGGUGAAAGGAGUGCAUCCAAUAAGUCAUAAACUCGUUUCUGACUGCAAGCAAUGUGUAAAAGACAAACCAACCUAGACAGCAGAAUGGUAGAAGUUCCGUUUAGAGGACAAUCAUCUAAUUAACAACUGUAACUUGCCCCCUUUUUGUCUCUAUUGGUAGUCUGUAUAGGCUGAAAAGGCAUGAAAGCAUUUCUUCGGUUCAGAACUCAAAGAAUUGCAAUGAAAUGAAUAUGAAUGAAUUGCUC